AUGCCUAUAUUUUUCAGAAUCGAGCUAGAAGACGGAAUCUUAAAAAAUUUUUACGAAGAAGCUAAAGAUUUGUCAUUUGCUGAUCGAGGAAAAUUAUUGAUGAACACCGCCAGUGAGAUAAUCGACGCUCAUGAACAAUUAGCUCAAGAAGGCCAAACAGCAGCGCCUCAGGAAAAUGCUCCAGUUUAUCAUCAUUUUGUUGCGUUUGUUGCCAAAGAUGGAUCUUUGUGGGAGCUUGAUGGCCGUAAAUCAAUUCCAAUAAAUCACGGACCAGCAACUGAAGAUACAAUGUUGGAAAAUGCCGCAAAAAUUUGUGGACAAUACAUGGAACGUGAUCCAGAAGAUCUUCGCUUCACCAUGAUUGCUCUUGUUGCCAAUGAAUAG